CGAUAACAACAAAUUUUUAGGUUUUAAGAAGUGUAGAAUAUAUUACUCCGUAAUAAAAACAUCUCUUCCUAUAGAAGUAUUAGUGGUCAAAAAAAUUAAUUUUGGGAUGGAGCAAGUAUAUUUCUCCAUAUAGCUUUGUUUCUUUCGAAUUUCUUGUUUUCCACAAAAAAGGAAUGGAUCUGGAGUCGGUAAAAAAAGCCCUGGAGAAAGGAGGGGAAUAUGGUCCACUAGUUGAUGAGUUACCCCCGAGAUUCUUCGAGCCCUUCAUCUGCUAUGGAAUCAAGGUCGUCCUCGUCGAGCGCGGCCGCCUUAUCGCCACUUUCAAAGUUCCCCCCCGUCUUGUGAACUCGGGCAAUUUCCUGCACGGCGGAGCCACCGCGGCGCUGGUGGACAUCGUCGGAUCGGUCGUCAUUCACACCGUCGGUGCACCCUCCUCCGGGGUCUCGGUUGAGAUUAACGUUUCCUACUUGGAUGCUGCUUUUCUCCAUGAGGAGGUUGAGAUAGAGGCGAAGUGUCUUCGCGUGGGGAAGACAAUAGCCGUUGUGAGCGUGGAGUUGAGGAAGAAAGAAACUGGAAAGAUAAUUGCGCAGGGGCGUCACACCAAGUACCUGCUUGUUCCUCUUCCUAGUAAGCUUUGAGCUACCCUCCCAUGGAGUUUGGACUUAAACCAAUUAUAAAUUCUUCAACUCAAAGAUGAAGACCAGCAAUGAGAACCUGUUUGUUUGCUUUUCUUAUGUUAGAUAUAGUGUGGGAUUUCGAUUUCUUUAUGAUUCGUAUAUAGCUUGCAUUCAAGCAUUGAGUGCUGCUGGGUAUCCUUUCAUAAAAAAAGAGCAUCUUUGAACAUGAGAUUUUGAAAAGGCAAAACUCGAUCACACACUAUAAUUGAGAUUUCUAUCACACGCGCAAUUGGCAAAGGCAAA